CCGCAGCCUACAAAAUGAUUAUUGUCUUGGACCUUUCCCAGCUUGCUGUGCAGCCUGAGACAUUACAUCACAAGUCAGGUGCGAAGAGGGGGCUUGGCUGCUUCAUGUGUUGUGUGUCAUUAUUAUUUUUUCUAUAAAGUAUCACAUUAUAUUUUUUCCAAAUACUUUUCACAUGGCUCAGUAAUCAUUAAAUAGGAGCCGAUCCCAGCAGCUACUGACUUUUAUACCAAUCGGGGGACAACACUCUCUCUCUUUCCUUCUAUCACAAAAUAUGUUCCAUUACUUAAUUUCCUCUUGACCCGAGAUGUUUAACCCUUUAAUUUCUGGCUGAUGUACAAAGGACUCUUGGAAGGAAGCGGCAGUAGUUGCACAUGUUGUAAUAUCAUUCAUUGUCAGCAUAUCCUAAAUAGGCGCUAUCUCAGGAAGCACUCAGGAACUAAAGGCAUGAGGAUGGGCAAACCUCGUGAACAGCAAGUUCCCAAGAAAAGGAGGAGGAAGGAACAUCACAGGCAGUGUCUGCAAUGUGCGCAACCUCUACCAGAUGAGUAUGAGCUUGAUGUUUGCUCAGUAUGUUCUUAUUAUGCUCCAUCAUCCAGUGCAUUUCAAGAUGAGGCUAAACAAUUAUUUGGCUGGCUAAGAUCCAGCUUACAAUCGGCUCUGGCUGAUGUUUCUGGAGGCCAAAAAUCUUCCAAAUAUGCAGCACGUAAACAUCCGUCACCACCGUCUCCAUCAUCUAGCUCUCAGGAAGGCUCUGCGGAUGAGGAUAGCUUUUCUUCUCCCUCCCCUGCGCAGGUGGAUGUUGGUGCUCCAGAUGAUUAUUAUUUACUUAAUAAAGAUAAAGUACAUACCUUACUCAAGGCAGUCAAAAAGACUGUAGAAGGUGAUCUGGAGGAAGAUAAACUUCUGAAGAAGGAAGCUCUGUUUUACUUCCCCCAAGCUACCUAUUAUUCUCUCCCAGGCCAGCCUUUCCUGGAUCCCCUCAUAAAGUCAGAAGGGCGCCAUCCUGAGAAAAAGACAGAUUUUGGUUCCAGGUUUAAGGCAACAUAUAGAAUGGACCCGGGGAGCUCAGAGGCUUGGGAUUCCCUUCCCAAAGUAGAUUUGGCAGUGGCUAGGCUCUCCAAGAAGUGGACAGGAGAGUCGAAGGGUCCCUUAAGCGCGUAUAUGCUACUGCCGCUUUUGCAUGUAAAGCCUCGGUUGCAUCGGUAUCUCUCAGUAGAGCUCUCCGCACCUGGCUUUCUCAGCUGA